GAAAAUACUAUGAAGCUCCUCACGCAGCGGUAAACGAGUGUACAGUUUUCAAUAACGAGGCAUUGUAAGGCCCUGACCAUGUCCCUGUGGUGCCGAAUUCUUCGUUCCUAAGUUCUUAACAAUGCGUAUGCUUCUUGCGUUCAGUACCCCCUUCCGCCGAUGGUCGCUUCCUGUGUAGCCAACCACUCAACUUCCGUGUAUAUUCUACCUCCUCACGGCCUAGCUAGCUACACUAACACCACACAUAAUCCAAUCGUUUCUUUCUAUCAUAUUCUAUCCAACAAUCAUGCCGUCCACCACUGAUAGGGAGACCACUACACACGACUUUAUGGCAGACUAUGAAGCCGUGGGGAUUCUCGGGAGAUGGACGAACGGCGUAGUAGCCCUAUACCAACGGGAAUCGGACCAAGAAAAAGACAGCACACACAAAAUUGUGCUAAAGAUCUCUAAGGACGCGGACAGCAGUGCCAACAUAAUCCACGAGGCUCAGAUUAUGCGUAAACUUGCUGGGGGCUGUCUCAACAUCGUGCAGUUCCUAGGCGACGACUCUUUUAGCCCUCUUCGUCGGAUCAUAUUCCUCGAAUACUGCCUUCCAGGAGAUUUGUACCAGUACAAGCAGGAAAUAGGCAAACAUGGCAUUAUACCCGAAGUGUUUAUUUGGAACGCUUUCAUCCAAAUUUCAGGGGCCUUGGACUACCUCCACAACGGGCCAGCUGUGCCAGAACGUCGGGACCAGAAACAUUGGAUUCCUAUCGCCCACUGCGAUAUCAAACCAAAGAACAUCCUGUUAUGUCCUGGCCCCCAUUCUGGCGCAGAUCUCCCGGAUAGAUCGCCAAUACUCAAGCUCGCUGACUUUUCGAGAGCAAGAGAAAUCCCGGAGGGAGACACGACUGCAGUAUGCGGGACCUGGCUGUAUAUACCUCCAGAGAAACCCAACAUCACUCCGCGUGGCGACGUCUGGGUAAUAGGCGGAAUUGUCCACUGGCUCGCCCUGAACACGCCUCCGGUCGACCACGAGGAGUACGUGAGAAUCUAUGAAAACCGAGAGAGUUACCGCGGAGACCCAGCUCGGAUGUACGAUAAUGUUGCCCGUCGAGAUUAUCCGAUCAACCUGUCUCGGAAAGGCUGGGUGCACAAAUACAAGACCACCGGCUGGGUCGAUGUCUUAUACCAGCCUAUCUGGUCGCUUUGCAGCAUGAUCCUUCCGUUCGAAUUAUUGCGGCACGGCUCGUAG